CCACCUUUGUUCUGGCGCACUGGUCCGACGCGCUCCUGGACCGCGGAGACCCACAUGCCCUUGUCCCCUGACCUCAUCCUUUGCAAGCCUGGCCAUGAAUUAUGGUGCGGGGCAGGGGAGGUGCCCAGCUGGAGCCUUGUGCUGCCCCUGCCCUGCAGGCUGGCGGGACAGUAUAUAACCGGGCUGGCCCGGCGUUGUGCACCGCGACACCAUGAAAUUCAGCAGUGUCCUGCUGCUGACGGGGCUCCUCGCUCUCUGGGCCAGGCCCCAGCCCACGACUGGCCAGCGCCACGUAGUGAAAUAUGGGGAGUGCCCCCGUGUCCUUGGCACUGGAGCGGCUGGACGCCCUAAAUACUACUGCAGCAUGGACCAGGACUGCCCUGGGAGCGAGCGCUGCUGCCCCACCAGCUACGGCGGCAGGAAGUGCAUGCUCCCAAUUGGAGCGAAGCCCGGCUUCUGCCCCAGGUACAACUCCAGCCUGAUCACCAUCUGCCUGGCGGAGUGCAGCAGUGACAGCGGCUGUCAGGGACGUGACAAGUGCUGUGGCAGGGGCUGCCACGCGCACUGUACGAAGGCUGUGCCAGCUAAACGGGGCGUCUGCCCCCAGAAAGAAGUGCUGCAAACCUUCGCCCCCUGUGAGAACAAGUGCGUGGAUGACAACAACUGCCCAUUCAAUCUGAAAUGCUGCUUCACGGGCUGCGGGCUCGGUUGCCUGCCCCCCAAGUGAGGGCAGCCUGCAGAGUGACCAGGAGCCGGACAGCUUGAGAGCUGGGCUUUGCGGCCACGGACCCUCCCACUGCCACCCCGCCCCGUGGAUCCAGACACCAGCGUGAUGCAUGAAGCCCCAUAGCGAGGGCCUGACGUCUCCCCUUCCCAACCCCCGGUGGUGUCGGCUCCUUCCUCCCGGCAAUAAAGACCCCUUGGACUGGC